CGGCAAACAGCCCCCUCGGCUGCGAGCACGGGUAGCGGGGCUGUGCCCGGCUCCCCCACCGCGCCCGCGGCGCUCGGCCUUGUAAUUAACGUUCCCGCGCAGAGCCAUCAGCCCGCGCCCCCCCGGGUGUGUGCCCGAGGGCGCGGGCGGGCCGGACGGUCGGGGCUGUGCGGCGGUGACAGCCCCGGGCACCGCAUGUGCGUGGUUAAUAACGAGGCAGCAGCGAUCGGGAUGGGCGAGCCCGGCCGCCCCAGGCUCCUCCGGGCGGGGGCGGGGGGGACACCCGCCACUCUGUUAUCUCCCGAGCCGCUCUCCCAGGCACAACUGAUCCUCUUGAGGGAACGAGGGGGUGGGGGGAGAGUCUCGACUGCAAAUACUGUUUGGAGUUUAUUGAUGAGGGCGUCUGAGCGUUGAGGUGCUCUCCCGUGGCUCCCGGUGGAUGCUGUAAGGAGCCAGGAUUGUGGUGGGUUUCGGCUGUGCAGGGAGUUGGGGUAGUGGGGGGGUGGGGGAAGGAAAAGACACGAUCGAGAGUAGCUGAGACUUUGUGCCCCCGUUGGAGAGAUGGUUGAGUCCUCGUCAAGGUUGCUGUGGUAUCCCAGAAACACCAUUCACUCCGAGCUGUGACCGCGCACCAUCAACAGCAACAACUCCGCUGCGCCUGGCCGAGGAAUAGGAAUUAAGAGCUUUCAAGAAUAAUAUGAAAGGGAUCUGCAGAGGGGAAAUUCGUGCAAAGGAAUCGAAAUUAGCAGACUUUUGGGAAAGGGGAUGUACUAAAUGUGGCCGGCUGGACUUCAUCCUGCUGAAGAAAAUGGAGAUUAAAAGUGGAUUUACAUUUUGGAACCUCGUCUUUUUAUUGAUGGUUUCGUGUGUGAAAGGAUUUAUUUAUACCUGUGGUGGAACUUUAAAAGGACUUAAUGGCACUAUAGAAAGCCCUGGCUUCCCAUAUGGAUAUCCAAAUGGUGCAAACUGUACAUGGGUUAUAAUAGCAGAAGAAAGAAACAGAAUACAAAUCGUCUUUCAGUCUUUUGCUCUAGAAGAAGAAUAUGAUUAUUUGUCAUUAUAUGAUGGGCAUCCUCAUCCUGCAAACUUUAGGACAAGGUUAACAGGAUUUCAUCUUCCUCCACCUGUGACAAGUACAAAAUCUGUAUUUUCACUUCGCUUGACAAGUGACUUUGCAGUUAGUGCUCAUGGGUUUAAAGUUUACUAUGAAGAAUUACAGAGUAGUUCCUGUGGCAAUCCAGGCGUUCCACCAAAGGGUAUCUUGUACGGUACAAGAUUUGAUGUCGGUGACAAAAUCCGAUACAGCUGUGUAACUGGAUAUAUUUUGGAUGGACACCCCCAGCUUACUUGUAUAGCUAACUCUGUGAAUACAGCAUCGUGGGACUUUCCUAUUCCUAUCUGUAGAGCUGAGGAUGCUUGUGGAGGAACUAUGAGAGGAUCCAGUGGAAUCAUCUCGAGCCCCAACUUUCCUAAUGAAUAUCAUAAUAAUGCAGAUUGCACAUGGACAAUUGUUGCAGAGCCUGGUGAUACUAUCUCACUCAUAUUUACAGAUUUCCAAAUGGAAGAAAAAUAUGAUUAUUUGGAAGUAGAAGGUUCUGAGCCACCUACAAUAGGGCUGUCUGGAAUGAAUAUACCUCCUCCAGUUAUCAGCAACAAAAACUGGCUCAGACUACAUUUUGUAACAGACAGCAAUCACCGAUACCGUGGAUUUAGUGCUCACUACCAAGGUUCUUCUUUCAUCAAAACUGCCUCCACUGGUGAGUUAGAGGAGCAUAUUGCGGCCACUACUGGUGCCAUUACUGUUGCUAGCACAUCUGCUGAUGUUGCUGUAUCCAGUGCAGUGACCACCCAUAGACAACCUUCUGAAGAACAACAAGUGCAAGCUAUGAAUAUAAGAAAAUCAAUUCUGGAGUCGACCAGUUACAAGGAAGCACUCUCUCUUCAUCAAGCAAAUUUACAAAGCACAAGAAGACGGCCAAGAAAUGCUGAGCAGAUAGAAAGAACUAAAGAACUUGCAGUUGUUACUCAUAGAGUGAAAAAGGCCAUAGAUUUUAAAUCUAGAGGAUUUAAAUUGUUUCCAGGGAAAGACAACAGCAACAAGUUUUCUAUCUUAAAUGAGGGAGGUAUUAAACAGGCGUCCAAUUUGUGUCCAGAUCCUGGAGAACCAGAAAAUGGAAAACGGAUAGGCUCAGAUUUUAGCUUGGGAGCAACAGUGCAGUUCUCCUGCGAUGAAGAUUAUGUGCUUCAAGGUUCCAAAAGUAUCACCUGUCAGAGGAUAGCUGAAGUUUUUGCUGCAUGGAGUGAUCAUAGACCCGUGUGUAAAGUCAAAACUUGUGGAUCCAAUCUUCAGGGACCUGGAGGCACUUUCACAUCACCUAAUUUUCCAUUUCAGUAUGAAAGCAAUGCUCAAUGUGUGUGGGUCAUCACGGCUGUCAAUACCAAUAAGGUUAUUCAGAUAAAUUUUGAAGAAUUUGAUCUGGAGAUUGGUUAUGACACACUGACAAUUGGUGACGGAGGAGAAGUGGGUGAUCCUAAAACUGUGCUUCAAGUGUUAACUGGGAGCUUUGUACCAGACUUAAUUGUGAGCAUGAGCAAUCAGAUGUGGUUGCACCUUCAAACGGAUGAAAGUGUGGGAUCAAUUGGUUUCAAGGUUAACUACAAAGAAAUUGAAAAGGAAAGCUGUGGGGAUCCUGGAACACCAUUGUAUGGUAUCAGAGAAGGGGAUGGAUUUUCUAAUCGUGAUGUUUUAAGAUUUGAGUGUCAGUUUGGAUUUGAAUUAAUUGGAGAGAAAUCUAUCAUUUGCCAAGAAAACAACCAGUGGUCUGCAAACAUACCAAUCUGUAUUUUUCCUUGCCUUUCCAAUUUUACUGCACCGAUGGGAACAGUUCUUUCACCUGAUUAUCCAGAGGGAUAUGGAAAUAAUUUAAACUGUAUCUGGACAAUAAUUUCAGACCCUGGGAGCCGAAUCCAUCUCUCCUUUAAUGACUUUGACUUGGAAUCUCAGUUUGACUUCCUUGCAGUUAAAGAUGGUGACUCUCCAGAUUCCCCCAUAAUAGGAACAUUUACUGGUGCUGAAGUUCCUUCCCAUCUUACCAGUAAUGGCCAUAUUUUGCGUCUGGAAUUUCAAGCUGACCAUUCAAUGUCAGGACGUGGAUUUAACAUCACUUAUAACACAUUUGGACAUAAUGAGUGCCCAGAUCCCGGAGUGCCAAUCAAUGCUCGGCGCUUUGGAGACAACUUUCAGCUGGGGAGCUCAAUUUCUGUCAUAUGCGAAGAAGGAUUUAUUAAAACACAAGGAACUGAAACAAUUACUUGUAUGCUAAUGGAUGGAAAAGUAAUGUGGAGUGGACCUAUUCCUAAGUGUGGAGCUCCAUGUGGUGGGCAUUUUUCAUCUCCCAGUGGAGUAAUUCUUUCUCCAGGCUGGCCAGGGUAUUAUAAAGAUUCCUUGAAUUGUGAGUGGGUGAUAGAAGCUGAACCAGGACACUCUAUCAAAAUUACAUUUGAAAGAUUUCAGACUGAACUCAAUUAUGAUGUUUUGGAAGUUCAUGAUGGACCAAACUUAUUAUCUCCACUUCUGGGAUCUUACAAUGGUACACAGGUCCCCCAAUUUCUGUUUAGCAGUAGCAAUUUUAUUUAUCUUCUCUUUACAACUGAUAACAGUCGUUCUAACAAUGGAUUCAAGAUUCACUAUGAAAGUGUAACUGUUAACACUUACUCUUGCUUGGAUCCUGGCAUACCAGUGCAUGGACGUCGUUAUGGACAUGACUUCUCUAUAGGUUCCACUGUCUCAUUUAGUUGUGAUCCAGGUUAUAGGCUGAGUCAUGAGGAACCUUUGCUAUGUGAAAAAAAUCACUGGUGGAGUCACCCCCUCCCAACUUGUGAUGCUUUAUGUGGUGGAGAUGUUAGAGGACCUAGUGGAACAAUUUUAUCACCGGGUUAUCCUGAUCUAUAUCCAAAUUCAUUGAAUUGCACAUGGACUGUGGAUGUUACCCAUGGCAAAGGAGUGCAGUUCACCUUCUACACCUUUCACCUGGAGGAUCACCAUGACUACUUACUGAUAACAGAGAAUGGCAGUUUCACACAGCCAUUAGCCCGUCUGACUGGCUCAGAGCUUCCUUCACCAAUCAAUGCUGGUCUCUAUGGAAAUUUCAGGGCUCAAUUGCGCUUUAUUUCAGAUUUUUCAAUAUCGUAUGAAGGAUUUAAUAUUUCUUUCUCUGAGUAUAAUCUUGAACCUUGUGAAGAUCCUGGGAUCCCACAAUUUGGUAACAGAAUAGGAUUUAAUUUUGGAGUGGGAGAUAUUCUCACAUUCUCCUGUUCUUCAGGAUAUCGUUUAGAAGGAGCUUCAGAGGUUAUUUGUCUUGGUGGUGGACGACGAGUAUGGAGUGCACCUCUUCCAAGGUGUGUGGCUGAAUGUGGAGCGUCCACAACAAAUAAUGAAGGAAUCUUAUUGUCUCCCAAUUAUCCUCUUAACUAUGAAAACAACCAUGAAUGUAUUUAUAGCAUUCAGGUACAAGCAGGGAAAGGAAUCAAUAUUUCUGCCAGAACAUUUCACUUAGCCCAAGGAGAUGUUCUUAAGAUCUAUGAUGGUAAAGACAACACUGCUCACCUGCUGGGAGCAUAUACUGGGGCAUCAUUAAGAGGCCUGACACUAAGUAGUACUUCAAAUCAUUUGUGGUUGGAAUUUAACUCAGACACGGAGGGCACUGAUGAAGGUUUUCAGCUUGUGUAUACCAGUUUUGAGCUUUCACACUGUGAGGACCCUGGUGUGCCACAGUUUGGAUAUAAAGUCAGUGACCAAGGCCAUUUUGCUGGAAGUACUAUAAUUUACGGAUGCAAUCCAGGUUACACACUCCACGGAAGUAGCCUGCUAAAAUGUAUGACUGGGGAAAGAAGGGCAUGGGACUAUCCUCUGCCAUCAUGUAUUGCUGAAUGUGGAGGCCGUUUUAAAGGAGAAUCAUCCGGAAGAAUCUUAUCUCCUGGCUAUCCUUUUCCCUAUGACAACAACCUGCGUUGCAUGUGGGUGAUUGAAGUAGACCCAGGAAAUAUUGUCAGCCUCCAAUUUCUUGCUUUUGAUACUGAAGCAUCCCAUGACAUCCUACGAGUUUGGGAUGGUCCACCUGAGAACGAGAUGUUACUCAAAGAAAUUAGUGGCUCACUUGUUCCUGAAGGCAUUCACAGUACACUCAACAUAGUAACUAUCCAGUUUGACACAGACUUUUAUAUCAGUAAAUCUGGAUUCGCCAUACAGUUUUCAAGUUCUGUAGCCACUGCCUGCCGUGAUCCUGGAGUCCCCAUGAAUGGAACUAGAAAUGGGGAUGGAAGAGAACCUGGAGACACUGUCAUUUUUCAGUGUGACCCUGGCUAUGAACUUCAAGGAGAUGAGAGAAUAACCUGCAUUCAGGUAGAAAAUCGGUACUUCUGGCAGCCCAACCCACCAGUCUGUAUAGCUCCCUGUGGAGGAAACCUGACUGGCUCAUCAGGUUUUAUACUUUCACCAAACUUCCCUCAUCCUUAUCCCCACAGCAGAGAUUGUGACUGGACUAUCACUGUAAAUAAUGAUUAUGUUAUAUCAUUAGCAUUUAUCAGCUUCAGUAUAGAACCAAAUUAUGACUUUCUCUAUAUCUAUGAUGGGCCAGACAGUAAUAGUCCACUAAUUGGGAGCUUUCAAGAUAGCAAGCUGCCAGAGAGGAUAGAAAGCAGUUCAAAUACUAUGCAUCUGGCUUUUCGGAGUGAUGGAUCUGUUAGUUUUACUGGAUUCCAUCUAGAGUACAAAGCAAAGCUUCGUGAGUCUUGCUUUGAUCCUGGAAAUAUAAUGAAUGGAACAAGACUUGGAAUGGAUUAUAAACUGGGUUCCACUGUCACAUAUUACUGCGAUGCAGGUUAUGUUCUUCAGGGAUAUUCUACACUAACAUGUAUCAUGGGAGAUGAUGGAAGACCUGGAUGGAACAGAGCCCUGCCCAGUUGUCAUGCACCCUGUGGAAGCCGGUCAACAGGCUCUGAAGGGACUGUAUUAUCACCAAACUACCCCAAGAAUUAUAGUGUUGGUCACAACUGUGUUUACUCUAUCACUGUUCCUAAGGAAUUUGUUGUUUUUGGCCAGUUUGUGUUUUUCCAGACAUCACUCCAUGAUGUGGUUGAAGUAUAUGAUGGUCCAACUCUACAGUCAUCUUUGUUAUCCUCUCUCUCAGGAUCUCAUUCAGGUGAAUCCCUUCCACUGAGCUCAGGGAACCAGAUCACAGUUAGAUUUACUUCAGUUGGACCAAUAACAGCUAAAGGAUUUCAUUUCGUUUAUCAAGCUGUUCCAAGAACAAGUGCAACACAGUGUAGCUCUGUGCCUGAACCAAGAUUUGGAAAAAGGAUUGGAAAUGAAUUUGCAGUUGGUUCAUUGGUUCUUUUUGAGUGCAAUCCAGGCUAUAUCCUCCAUGGUUCAAGAGCAAUUAGAUGUGAUACAGUACCAAAUGCAUUGGCACAAUGGAAUGAUUCACUCCCUACAUGUGUUGUGCCCUGUGGUGGUAUUUUAACAAAGCGCAAAGGGACCAUUUUGUCUCCUGGUUACCCUGAGCCUUAUGACAACAAUCUGAAUUGUGUGUGGAAGAUCACAGUACCAGAGGGAGCUGGGAUUCAAGUCCAAGUGGUGAGUUUUGCCACAGAACACAACUGGGAUUCCUUAGACUUCUACGAUGGUGCUGACAACAAUGCUCCAAGGCUUGGAAGUUAUUCAGGAACAACCAUACCUCCACUUCUAAACAGUACAUCAAAUAAUCUGUACCUAAAUUUUCAGUCUGAUAUCAGUGUUUCAGCUGCCGGAUUUCACCUUGAGUAUACAGCUAUAGGUUUGGAUUCUUGUCCUGAACCACAGACCCCAAGCAAUGGAAUUAAAAUUGGAGACAGAUACAUGGUUGGAGAUGUGGUGUCUUUCCAGUGUGAUCAGGGUUAUUCUCUUCAGGGACAUUCACAUAUCACUUGUAUGCCUGGACCAGUAAGAAGAUGGAAUUAUCCAAUUCCAAUAUGUUUAGCACAAUGUGGUGGUGGCAUGUCAGACUUCAGUGGAGUGAUCCUCAGCCCUGGGUUUCCUGGCAACUAUCCUAGUAGUUUGGAUUGCACAUGGACAAUAAAGCUGCCUAUUGGGUUUGGUGUCCAUUUGCAAUUUUUGAAUUUCUCAACGGAGACCAUACAUGACUACUUAGAAGUUAGGAGUGGAUCUACAGAAACUAGCACGGUUAUUGGGAGACUAAGUGGCCCUCAGCUCCCAGCCUCUCUGUUCAGCACAACUCAUGAAACCAGCUUAUACUUUCACAGUGAUUACUCACAGAAUAAACAAGGAUUUCAUAUUGUAUAUCAAGCAUAUCAGCUGCAAAGCUGUCCUGAUCCUCGACCAUUUCGGAAUGGUUUUGUUAUUGGAAAUGACUUCACUGUGGGACAGACUAUUUCAUUUGAAUGUUUUCCUGGUUACACAUUAAUUGGAAAUUCAGCUCUGACUUGUCUUCAUGGAAUCAGCCGCAAUUGGAAUCAUCCUCUCCCCAGAUGUGAAGCUCUCUGUGGAGGAAAUAUAACUGCAAUGAAUGGCACCAUAUACUCUCCUGGAUACCCUGAUGAGUAUCCAAACUUUCAAGAUUGCUUCUGGCUUGUAAGAGUACCACCUGGGAAUGGAAUCUACAUCAAUUUCACAGUUCUUCAAACUGAGCCAAUAUAUGAUUUCAUAACUGUCUGGGAUGGACCAGAUCAAACUUCUCCUCAAAUUGGACAGUUUAGUGGCAACACUGCCUUAGAAUCAGUCUAUAGCACUUCCAAUCAGAUUCUGAUCAAGUUUCACAGUGACUUUACUACCAGUGGCUUCUUUGUACUCAGUUAUCAUGCCUAUCAGCUCCGGGUCUGCCAGCCUCCAGCAAAUAUACCAAAUGCAGAAAUUCUAACUGAGGAUGAUGAAUUCGAAAUAGGAGACAUAAUAAGAUACCAGUGUCAACCAGGCUUUACUUUGGUUGGUAAUGAGAUUCUGACAUGCCGACUGGGUGAAAGACUUCAGAUGGAUGGAGCACCACCUUCUUGUCAAGUGCUCUGCCCAGCCAAUGAAAUGCGUCUGGAUUCAACAGGAGUAAUACUGAGCCCUGGAUAUCCUGACAGCUACCCCAAUCUCCAGAUGUGUGCAUGGACCAUUACCGUGGAAAAAGGCUAUAAUAUCAGCAUGUUCUUUGAAUUCUUCCAGACAGAAAAGGAAUUUGAUAUACUUGAGGUGUUUGAUGGACCAAAUAGUCAUAGCCCAUUGCUCAUAUCUCUCAGUGGGGACUAUUCAUCUUCUCUAAAUAUAACCAGUAAUGGCCAUGAAGUAUUUCUCCGUUGGUCAGCAGAUCAUGGCACCAAUAAAAAAGGUUUCAGGAUAAGAUAUAUAGCUCUCUACUGUAGUACUCCAGAGUCCCCUCCACAUGGUUUCAUUGUCAGUCAGACAGGUGGACAGCUCAACAGUAUGGUUCGCUGGGCUUGCGAUCGAGGGUUUCGGCUCAUUGGGAAAAGUACUGCUGUAUGCAGGAAGUCUCCAUACGGUUAUUACUCGUGGGAUGUUCCAGUCCCAGCUUGUCAAGCAAUAUCUUGUGGAAUUCCUAAAGCUCCCUUAAAUGGUGGGAUAUUAACUACAGAUUACUUAGUUGGCACCCGUGUUACUUAUUUUUGCAAUGAUGGAUAUAGGCUUUCAGCCAAAGAGCUUACUACUGCAGUCUGCCAGCCGGAUGGGACCUGGAGCAAUCACAAUAAAACACCUCGAUGUGUAGUUGUUACAUGUCCAAGCAUCAAUUCUUUUACACUGGAACAUGGAAGAUGGAGAAUAGUGAAUGGUUCACAUUAUGAGUAUAAAACAAAAGUAGUUUUCAGCUGUGAUCCAGGGUAUUAUGGUUUGGGACCAGCAUCUAUCGAGUGUCUUGCUAAUGGCACCUGGAGUUGGAGAAAUGAGAGACCUUACUGCCAAAUUAUUUCUUGUGGAGAACUUCCUACACCUCCCAAUGGAAAUAAGAUUGGAACUCAAAUCACCUAUGGAUCUACAGCUAUAUUUACCUGUGACUCAGGAUACAUGUUAGUUGGCUCUGCAGUGAGGGAAUGUCUGUCAUCUGGACUCUGGAGAGGAGUUGAGACGAGAUGUUUAGCUGGUCACUGCGGUAUUCCAGAUCUUAUAGUCAAUGGACAAGUAAUAGGAGAAAAUUAUGGAUAUAGAGAUACAGUUGUAUACCAGUGCAGUCCUGGUUUUCGGUUGAUUGGCUCCUCUGUAAGAAUAUGUCAACAGGAUCACAACUGGUCUGGUCAGCUUCCAUCUUGUGUGCCUGUUAGCUGUGGUCACCCUGGUAGUCCUAUUUAUGGAAGAACAAGUGGAAAUGGUUUCAAUUUCAAUGAUGUUGUGACAUUCUCAUGUAAUACUGGGUAUAUGCAAGGACCAACCAAAGCACAGUGCCAAGCUAAAGGCAGUGGAGCCAUCCCUCCAAUAUGCAAAGUGGUCAAUUGUUCUGAUCCUGGAAUUCCUGCAAAUUCUAUAAGAGAAAGUAAAAUAGAACAUGGAAAUUUCACAUAUGGCACAGUGGUAUUUUAUGACUGUAAUCCUGGAUAUUUUUUAUUUGGCUCUUCAGUUUUAAUUUGUCAACCAAAUGGCCACUGGGACAAACCUCUCCCUGAAUGUAUUAUGAUUGACUGUGGACAUCCUGGAGUUCCUCCUAACGCGGUCCUGUCUGGUGAUAAAUAUACAUUUGGGUCUACUGUCCAUUAUAGCUGCACAGGUAGACGAUCAUUGUUAGGGCAGUCAUCUCGGACGUGUCAGUUAAAUGGACACUGGAGUGGAUCUCUCCCUCAUUGCUCAGGUGAUACAGCUGGUUCUUGUGGUGCAGGUAUCCCAGGUCAUGGGUCUAGAGAAGAAAACAAUUUUAAAAUUAAAAGCACAAUACAUUUCAGCUGUGAUAUUGGAUAUAUCCUCCAUGGCUCAGAAGAAAGAACAUGUCUGGCAAAUGGAAGUUGGACAGAACAACCGGAGUGCAAAGCUGUGCAGUGUGGUAAUCCAGGAACGACUGCUAAUGGAAAAGUACUUCGUAUUGAUGGAACUACAUUCUCUAAUUCAGUAAUUUAUUCGUGUGUGGAAGGAUACAUACUUUCUGGAUCAUCUGUAAGACAGUGCACUGCCAAUGGAACAUGGUCUGGAUCCUUGCCAAACUGCACAAUUAUCAGUUGUGGAGAUCCAGGAGUCCCCAAUGGCAUGAGAUAUGGUGAUGAUUAUGUUGUUGGACAAAAUGUUACUUAUAUGUGCCAACCUGGUUAUACAAUGGAAGCAAAUAGCUCCUUAAUUCGCACUUGUACUAGCAAUGGCACGUGGAGUGGAGUAAUCCCAACAUGCAAAGCUGUUACCUGCCCAACUCCUCCGCAGAUCUCUAAUGGAAGGUUGGAAGGAACAAACUUGGACUGGGGAUUUAGCAUUAGCUAUGUCUGCUCUCCAGGAUAUGAACUCUCUUUUCCUGCUGUUUUGACUUGUGUUGGGAAUGGAACAUGGAGUGGUGAAGUACCUCAGUGUUUACCAAAGUUUUGUGGUGACCCUGGAGUACCUGCUCAAGGGAAAAGAGAAGGCAAAAGCUUCAUCUAUCAGUCAGAAGUCUCUUUCAGCUGCAAUCCUUCUUUUGUUUUGGUUGGCUCCAGCACCAGGAUUUGCCAAGCAGACGGCACGUGGAGUGGGUCUUCUCCUCGAUGUAUAGAACCUACUCGCACAGCAUGUGAAAAUCCAGGAGUCCCAAGACAUGGGUCACAAAACAACACAUUUGGCUAUCAGGUGGGAAAUGUUGUUCAAUUUCAGUGUAAAAAAGGACACCUUCUCCAUGGUUCAACAACACGAACAUGCCUUCCUGAUCUUACAUGGAGUGGAAUCCAGCCAGAAUGCAUACCUCACAGCUGUAAACAACCAGAAACGCCCGGUCAUGCUAAUGUUGCAGGAAUGGAUCUUCCCUCACUUGGUUAUACAUUGAUUUACACUUGUCAGCCAGGCUUUUUCCUGGCAGGAGGUUCAGAGCACAGAGCGUGUAGGUCUGAUGGCACAUGGACUGGGAAAGUUCCAGUUUGUGAAGAGGGCUUGGUAGUGUUAGUGAAGGAUCCCAGACCAGCUUUGGGAACACCAAGUCCCAAACUAAGUGUUCCUGAUGAUGUAUUUGCCCAAAAUUAUAUAUGGAAAGGAUCUUACAAUUACAAAAGCAAGAAACAGCCCAUGACUUUGACAGUCACCAGUUUCAAUGCAACUUCAGGAAGAGUAAAUGCAACACUUACAAACAGCAAUAUGGAAUUGCUGCUAUCAGGAGUGUAUAAAAGCCAGGAAGCUCGGCUAAUGCUCCACAUAUAUCUCAUUAAAGCACCCUCCCAUACAUCUGCAAGCAAGUUGAAAGAGGAAAAAUGGGCUAUGGAUGGUUUUGUUUCUGCUGAACCUGAUGGAGCAACAUAUGUUUUUCAAGGAUUCAUCCAGGGUAAAGAUUAUGGCCAAUUUGGACUUCAAAGAUUAGGUCUCAACAUGUCUGAGGGUUCAAGUUCUUCUAAUCAACCACACGGUACAAAUAGUAGUUCAGUGGCCAUUGCUAUCCUUGUGCCUUUCUUUGCCCUUAUAUUUGCUGGUUUUGGCUUUUAUCUUUAUAAACAAAGGACUGCACCUAAAACACAGUAUACAGGAUGCUCUGUACAUGAAAAUAAUAAUGGACAAGCUGCUUUUGAAAACCCCAUGUAUGACACAAAUGCAAAGUCAGUGGAAGGGAAAGCGGUACGAUUUGACCCCAACUUGAACACUGUUUGCACAAUGGUAUAAUGUGGUAAUGAUUUGUCUUCAAAGUCUGGGAAUUGACACACAACACAGUGCACACACAGUUCACUGAUUGAAAAAAAAAAGAAAUUAAAAAAGUUAAAGCACACUUUUCAGGAUGUAGUGGGUCACCUUUUCCUGAGGAUGAUAGGCAAGUAUGCGUUGCAGUUAUUUUGUUUUCAUUUUGUUUUUCAUAAACUGGAUCAGAAUUCUUCAUGUAUGCCAUGGAGAGUGUUAAAAAAAAUUGCUGCACUCCAUGAGUGCUACUCACAGUUUAUUUGCUUUUUUAAAAAAGGAGGUUAUUCUAAAACAUAAAACGUAUUUGCAUAUAUUGGAGGAGCAUCCACUAUCAGUAUUCUGUGCUUUAUAAAAACUAUAAUAGAGGGACUGGGUUAAAAAAAAAAAAAGAUAUAGGUAGAAAAUAAGAGCUAUACUUACAGGAGACAAUAGGUCACUGAUUUCUCUUUAACAGUCAUAUGCUACACCUUUCUCAUGAGUUGGUACCUCUUUUCCUUUUUCAGCCUGUUUAGUAUUUUAUUUUUCUCAGUACAGUUAAGUUUUUAAGUCCAGGAUGUAGUAUUUAGAAAUCAGCAACUAUAACUUUCUCUUUUCAUGCCACAGAAAAAAAAAAUUGAAUCCAUAUUCUUAUUUAAUGAAUUUCCUUCCCUGCUUCACAACUUGCUUCAUUUUCAUGUUCCAAGUCAAACCUAUUUUCUGUGUUUCCAUUAACAAUACCCACAAAUGUUAAUGUUUAUAUAUUUCUUUUUUCAAUCAUACAUCUGGACAAAUUUUACAAUGAAGAAGCUAAUACGAACUGAGCUUUGUAUGUGACUACGUUUGGUAAUGUUGAAGAACAUUCAAGAGUGACCAUCUUACAUUUUUUCAAAAAUGAAAACAUAAUUUAAUGAUAUUUCCUAUUAAAAAAUGCAGUUUACAGUAACAUUAGUAAUGAAAUCCAUAUAUCAAAAAUUUAAGAGUCCAUCUUUCAAUCCGUGUUAGUUAAAACUAGGCCAUAUCACACCAGUUUAUUCCUUCAGCAUUUUAACAAAAUGCAUGCACAAAGCAUGAUAAAAUCCCAUUGAAGCUGAUGGAUUCUAAGAGACUUCAAUGAACUUUGGAUCAGAUCUACAGGGCAAAAGGAAGUUAUAAUUUGAAAAUACUGUGUUUUCACAUCUAUUUUGUCUAUAUAUUCCGUACUUUAGGGAAAAAAAUCCUUACAGCUCAUUUAAAAUUAAAUAUAUUACCAUAGUGCAAUGAAAAAAAAUUGAUAUAUAUAUAUAUAUAUAAAGCCAUGAUUUUGUUAGGGACAAUCCAUUCAUUUUAGGGACAAUUCAGAUUCCACAGCCCUCAGAUACAAGUUUUAGACGUUCCAGAAUCACUUCUAAGGAAAUGCAUUUUUUAGUUUUACAGUUAUUUCAUAUCAGAAUUAUUCAGUGGGAACCCAGUAAUUUAUUUGAUGUAGGUCAUUGUCUUCCAUUCAUAGCAUGACUCACAAAUGCUGUGUGUUAGCCAGUGUGAAUUAUCUGUUAUUGUCCCUUUCAGACAUUAAUGAUUCUGUGAAAAUCUAAACUUUUUAUUACCGUAAUAGAGAGUGCCUACCAAAAAUCAUUGUACCCAGGAUUGCUGCUUGGAUUUCUAUAAUGUUUGAUGAAUUUCUUAUAAACCAUUUUACAACACUUUGUUUUGAAUAUUCAUACAACUCUGUCAAACUGUAUUCUACUAAAAGGAUGCUGUUUUAUAUUUUAUACCAUUGGUUGUUAUUUAUUCUCGUUUAUUCAAAUGACUGCAAUAACUAUGAUUCAUUCAUUAAUGUUAAGGUUAAUACAUUUGAGAUCGUUUAAAAUGUUUCUUCUGCAACUGGCUACUCCUCUUAUAUUAAUGCAUACACUUUUGUAAAGAAGUAUAUUUUUAUGAAAAAGGAUUUGUAAAAGUAUGAUGUAAAUUUUCAGUGCAAUGUAAACAAAAUAAAAAUGGACAAUUGCUUUUUUAAA